UAUGGUGCUUUCGAAAUUAAUCCAAUCGAGGGACGUAUCGAUCCUUUCGAAGGCAUAAUUUUUGAAAUUGGGUGAGUCCACAGCGGAUUAUAAAUUAAAGAAAAUAGAACCUGUAAUUUCAAUAUAUAACUGAAUGUUUAGUUUUUGUCCAACAAUGCGAUCAUUAGAAUCUCGAAAAAUAUUAUCUAAGCAAGAAGACUUGAAACAUCAAAAAAUGGAGAAUAAGAAUAAUGAUUUUAUGGCUUUUAUCAGAAUAAUAAAAAUCCGUAAAGCUGCAAUAAAUGUUUCGGCCAUUGACAGCAUAAAGGGAAUUUGUACUGACGAAGCCGUUGAGAAAAUUGACAUGCAAGAAACAUUUUUGGGCCUUUCAAUGUCUUCAAUGUCUAAUUGUUCGAUUGUUCAACCAGCCGAUAAUGAUGUUAGACUUUGUCUUUAUGGUGAGAUGGAAAUAAUUAAGCUCAAUCUAUGGCCCGACAUUCUGUACUUCGGUGAUCUGAAUGUUGGAGAAAUUUCUCAACGUGUCAUUUGUAUUUCAAAUUUAUCGAAGAUUAAAUCAGUUUUGUUACAAUGUCAGCCAAUGGCAGCUGUUCAAUUUAUUCCGGAAUCUGCGAAAUUGAAACCUGAAGGAUCUAUUGAAGUGCUUGUUAAAGUUCAAGCCAGAGAAAAUGGUAAAUCUAUAUUUGCAUUACUAUCCAUUUUUGUUAAUUUUAGGCAUCUUUCGAAUUCGAUAGUUGGACCUUCGUUCGUGCUUUUAAUCAAUGUUAUUGUGGAUUCUGAAGAUUCAGUUUUAUCGAAAUAUCCAACGAAAGUGAAUAUCGAUACUUAUCGCGUAACAUGCAUGCUGAAUGUUCUUCUCAAGACUAAAAGACCGAUGACUCAGUUCGUUACGGGGAUAACGCCAUUGAUAACUCAUGAAGUUGGAUUUAUGACGGAUUGUGUUACUUUUGGUUCGAAUAUAAAGAAACCACAGCAAGCAAUGUUAUUAGUUGAGAAAGAUCCGAAAAGACCAUGGGCAAAUAAAAAAUUAAUUCAUGCAAAUAUUAUCCUCGAUAGUUUACCUGCUUAUCCAAAUGACACACAAAAAUCUUUGAGACCUUAUAGAGGAUUACCAGUGAGAACUAUUUUUACUGGUAAACUGCGUUACUCGGGUGGUCCUAUUCAUCCUGAAGCUUUACCUACUAAACAAGCGAAUAUCGUAAAUAAGCACCGUUUGUAUUGGGCUGCUUAUCUUCAUAUGUCACGUUUGUCACGUAAAAAUAUGAUGAAAACAUCAACGGUAGAAUUUUUUCAUAAUGCAGAUAACGAUGCUGAAAUCAUUUCUCGACUUACACGAAUUCCUAGACAAUUUAAAAAAUUACCACGGAUAUUUCCUUGUGAGGAGUUCCUUGAAAAGACACCUUCGACUUCUGAAAUCAAUGCUGAAGUGCUGAUUCCAUUAUCGCCGUUACAAAUAUAUAAUGUUUACGUUUAUCCUACAGCAAUCGAUUUUGGAAUGGUGGCCUGGAAAACAUUUAGCUAUCGGCAAUUAAUUGCUCAUAACAGAAAUGAAUUUUCAAUAAAAAUUCAAUUUGUAAGUCUGUUAAAAAAUAUCCGAUUUCCUGAAGGGGAUACAAUAAUUUUACAACCUGAAAAGACUGUGACAAAACUCAUUGAGUUUUACAGCGAUCGAAUGGGAAAAUUUAAUAAUUUGAUAAAUUACAAUAUUAAUGACAAUCAUUCUUUCGAAUUGAACAUAAUCGCAGAAAUUGUACUUAAAAAUUUAUCCAUCGACAAGCGAGAAAUUACGAUCGGAAAAAAUUAUUUGGAAGAUGAAUCAUAUCGACCACAGUGGUCCGUUGUCGAGAUUAGAAAUAAAUUGGAUGCUUCAACACACUUCAACUGGAGCAUACCUGCCGCUUCCUGUUUUUCUAUAGAGCCAAAGAAUGGUACUAUACGAGGUAACAGUGUUUUAAAUACAUGUGUUUCAUACAAUGCUGAUCUUUCAAAAUCAUCCUUUGCUGAGAUGAUUAUAAAAUGCGAAAGCGAGAGUUCUUCGAUAUUGCGAUGCAACAUAUUACCCGUAAAGCCAACGGUUAUUUUCGUCAAUGAUCAUAUGAAUUUAGGAGAUUUACCUCUUAAUUUACCAACCAGAGUGUACGGAAUUUUACUCAAUUCUGAAUUAACAGAGGUUUUUUAUGAGAUCGACUCUGCAUCUUUAAUACGUGGAUGCGAAAUUGAUCCACCGAAAGGAAUAGUACCACCAAGAGGGAUCGCUAUUCUCGAGGCAUCUCUCAAAUUCGAUGUAUGCAUCGAUUUUAUCGUUAUGAUUUGCGUUAUUGUUCAAAAAAAUAUAAAAUUACAAUGGAGAAUUACAGGACACGUGCCAUUUCCACGAUUAAAAUUUACACCAUAUUCCAUAGAACAACAUCGUGUAAUCGUAGAUACAUUUCAGAGUCAUUUGAUAAAGGUCACUAAUAUUGGAACAAGUAGAUCAAAAUUACAAUUUGUUUUAGAAGAAUAUCCUGAAUUUAACGUUAUUAUAAUACCAAAUAAGAAGAUUAAUAUCAUAGAGAAAGGGAUGAGUGUGAUAAUUCCAGCAGGAUCAAGUUUUAAUUUUUAUCUACAUUUUCAACCACUGGAUCCAGCAAGUUAUGUUUUUUAUCUUCCGAUUGUUAUCAAUGAUUUACUUGGACCAGUAUCGGAAACAGAUCCGAAAACAUUAAAAUCACAGGAAUAUCUAUCGUCGCAAAAAGAAUUUUAUAAAAAUAUAAAAGGAAUCACGUUUCUUAAAUUACCCUUAAAUCUACCCGUUAUUUCUGUUGAUUUCACAGUUGCUGGACGUAUUGUAAUAUUCAAUAAAUUCACAUUUGUUUUUAAUGUUGCCAGUAACAAUGUGAGUUUUAAGGAACAAUAUGAGCUUAGAAUCGACAAUCCUGACACGUUGAAAGAAGUUACAGUAACUAUAAAAACUGAUAAUUUCAUAGAAAACUGUCCGUUUUAUAUUCAUUGGUUUUGUGGUACCGAACCAACGAUAACUUCGAAGUCAAUUGUCUGUACGUUACUUCCAAAAGAAAAAACUGUUUUUACUAUCGGAUUCAAGCCGAACUGUCGGGGAACUUUCAAGCUCGAAGCCCUAGUUUUUAUACGAAGGAAUUCAGAAGAUAUAUUAUUUAACACAAUCCGUUUCGAUGGUAUAAAUGCAGAAGAAUCAAUAUAUGCGAAUGUCUCUGAAAUAUACCUUUUACCUGCACCUUUUAAUACUUGCGUAGAGGAAAGUUUCAAACUAGAAGCACAAUACUUUGAGCAUACUUCGAACAUUUCAUGGAAUAUAUUACCACCUGAUAGAUGUAGUGGCCAUUUUCAAAAUGAAAUGUUAACCAUUCGCUUUCCAAAUAGUAAUAUUAUUCCUGCGACAUCGUACACCGAAUUAGAUGUUAUUGUUUCUUUUAAAAGCAAUUCAACAGUAUCAUUUUGCUCGAAGAUUGAAUUUCACGCUGAAGGAAGCCUCGUUGUAUGCUUUGUAACAGUUUAUGCGGCAGCAGAUAAUAAUUUGCUGACAACUCAUGCUUAUCUUACAACGUCGUCCGAUUAUAAUCAAAAAAAAAUGUACGAAAAUGAGAUAUCAAUACCUGUUACGGACUCAGAAAGUGAAACAGAAGAAAAUGAUUACGACAAUAAACAGAAUUUUGCACAUUUUCGAAGACAAGAAAAAAAUUUUACUGUAACAUCGCAAAACAGAAUCUUAGAUCAAAUAUCAUCUAAUGCUAAAAAUAAAGUACGGACUUCAAAGUCUAUAUGGAAGUUUAAGAGUAUAGAGAGUAUAAGAUUGACAAAAAUUGAGAGUGACGAAAUUAAUGAUAACGAGGAAGAAUUAUUCAAUCAAACUCGAUCUCCAGAAGAUUUAUAUACUUCUACUGAACUAUCUAUUGAGGAUAGUAGAAUUAUGUAUCCUUAUUUUCCAGAAAAUAAUGGAAUUAUGAAUAAUUAUGAAAAACAUAUGCAUAGAGUAUUACUAUGUGUGGAGCAAUGGUUAUAUACAAAUAUUUUUAAAUAUAGUUUUUACGCAAAUAUUUCGAGUGGCAUCACAGCUACUUUCUCGAUCGUCAAUCAAACAGAAACAACACAUAGUAAUAUUAAAAAAAAGAGUUCAUCAUUCGGUAAAUCUUUUGUUGACGUAUUAGAGUCAUUAAUAGGAUCAAACGUUUAUAAUUAUGUUGAAAAAUUGUCGUCAUUGCCUGUGGAUAAUAUUCUACGUAUCGAUAUUAUUCUUCAACAAUAUGAAAAAAUACUUGAUUUUUUACUCGAACAAGGAGCAUGUUUGGCUCAUGUGUCAGCAUACUUUCUUUUGAAUUAUAAUGAUUAUGUUGUUUUCAUUGACUCCAUGAAAUUUUCUUUACAAAAAAAGAAAAUAGAAUCUUGUCAAUUUACAAAAUUAUCUAAGUCGCUAUUCGAAUCAAGAAGCAAACAGUGCUGGCUGGAUUUAAUUUUGCAAACAUACAAGUGUUUUAAAUUCAAUCAUAUAAACGAGAAUGAAUUAAGAAAAAAAUUAACAGUAUACUCAGAAGCAUCUCAAUCAAGGCGAUCUACAAAUUAUCGAGAGUCUGUGUCAUCGACUUCAAGUCUUCGAAGAAUGACAGAUUUUCAUGAUAAAAGCAUCGAGAAUAUUAUCAAUCUUAUGCACGAACGUACAAAAGAAAAUAAUGAUCAUUCAAACCAAGAAGUAUUAUUGUUAUCUUGGUUAUAUCAUCAUUAUGAAGAACAAAGAAAUCAAGAUUGGUUAACUGAUAAAAAAAUAACAUUAACUUCAUCAAAGCAAAAUAAUAUAGCACCUGAAAAGAACAUCGAUAACUUCGAUUUCAUUUUGUCGGAUGGCAUUAUAUUAAUCGCAGUUACUGGUGCUUAUUGCCCUUUUCUAAUUGAGGAGUAUUUUUCAAAUUUAUAUAUUAAUCCCAAAAGUAUCGAAGAGGCAUUACACAAUGCGAUUUGUUUGGUAACCAGCUGGAUAAAAAUUAGACUUGGCUUUAUGAUAACACCGUCACAGAUUGUUCAUCCAAAUAGUGUACAAAUGUUGAUGUUAGUCGCUCAUUUGUUUGAAACUUUGCCUUCCUACUUACCGAAAUCAAAGAUAAGAUUUAAUUGUCCUUUAACGAGAACUGUCGUUAAACAAGUAACUUUUACAAAUGUAACGGAUAAUCCAGUCAAAUAUUUGUUAGUUUUUAUUGGCAACGAUAAUGGUUUUUUCUCGUUAGUACAAACUCAAUCGAACAUUCGUAUUAAUCCUCACGACAGCGUACAAGUGAAAAUAUGUUUCCAUGCAAAAAAGAUAAGAAAAACAAAAGCGUAUUUACUACUUUGCGGUGCUGCAUAUGGCCCACAAUUUGGUACUAAUCAAACUUAUGUAUUGGAAGGUAACAUUAACAGCUUAGAAAUAUCGCAAAAACACGUCAUACGCAGUAAACUUUAUGAAAUUUUGAACACUAUUUUAAUCAUUAAAAUACCAUACGAAAAUGCAGCAGAUUAUGAAAUAUGGAUGACCGAAGAACAACCGAAUAAGACACCAAAUUUAAAAAUGACAAAAUGGUCAGAAUUACGAACAAGAAAAAUACCUAGAAGAUUAUUUUUGAAUCAAAAGAUUAUCACAGUUGAUGAAGAUGUAACGGAGAUUAAUUUAGGAAUCACCGUUGCAUGUGUAACACCUAGUACUAGAAAAUGUUGGCUCAUUUGUCAAUCUAAAACGGGCGAUUUCAUUAUUCAGAUAAUUUCACGUUGUCAACCAACCGUAAUCGAUCAUAUCGUGGUACAGUGGAAUAAAGAAUAUAAAGAGUGUAUUUGCACUGACGACCAAGGAUCGAAUGCGGAUUGUCCAUGUAACGUUACAGUUCUUAUACCAUCUCGGAAUAAUAAACUUUGGGGCUGUAUCGCCCAUAUGUUCCAAAAAACAUUAGAUAUCAAAGAACGUGCAUUCUGGUCUCGAUAUUUAGAUACAUAUAUUGGAUUAAGAUUAAUACACUGGCUCAUGGGUAAUGACAAUGAGACCGCGAAUUUAGAAUUCACGCAUAUAUUUAAAACAAAAGUUAGAUACUCUGUUUCUGCAUCAAAAGAAAAUGAUCUUCUCACAGUACCAGAGACUUUUAUUAUAAAUGACGUGAGAUUAGCAAAUCAGUAUGUUCCAAUGACAGUUCAUCUUUUACCGACUGAUUUACGAGUAUAUGAGACAACGUUAUCUUUGACUUCUGAAGAUGGUAAAGAAUUAAGACUUUAUGAAGUCAGUUUUUUGCAUGUCGAUGAGUGA